AUGCACCUAUUGUUGGCCUUCACUGCUUUACUGGCUUCUGCCCAAGCUUUCCUAUUCGGAGGCUUGAGUUCACUAUUCGGUGGAGGAUGUAAUCCUUGUGCUCAACAAGGUUAUUCUGCCCCAGCUUAUUCUGGCUAUCAAGCAGCAGCUCCAGCUUAUUCCGGUUACCAAGCAGCAGCACCAGCCUACUCAGGUUACUCACAACAAGCUUCAUAUGGAGGAUAUGGUCAAGGCUCCUCUUAUGGAGGAUAUGGCUCUGGCUAUGGUGGAGGUGCCAACUAUGGCGGAAGCUCCGGCUACGUCGGAGGCUCUGGCUAUGGUGGAGGUGCCAACUAUGGUGGAAGCUCUGGCUACGUUGGAGGAUCUGGCUAUGGAGGAGGAGCCCACUAUGGUGGAGGCUCUGGCUACGGUGGAGGCUCCGGUUAUGGUGGAGGUGCCAACUAUGGUGGAGGCUCUGGCUACGGUGGAGGCUCCGGUUAUGGUGGAGGAGCUGGAUAUUCUGGAGGUGGAUAUGCCCAAGGUCCAUCUUAUGGAAACCGUGGUUACCAGUCUUUCGGUGGUAACCACCAAACGUCGUAUGGCCACCAAUCUUACGGCAGAGGAUAUCAGCAACCAGCACCAACUUUUGACGAGCCAGCCCCAGUAGUAUCGCCCGGAUCCGGAGCUUACGCUCAGCCAGCUGCCCCUGUCUACCAAGGCUCACGCCAUUCCACCUACACUGCCCAAGAAAUUGCUCCACCCGCACCGCCUCCAGUGAGCUCUUACCACCAGCCUACUGCUCCAGUCUCCGUCGUUGAGAAGGUUACUGAAGUAGUCGCACCGCCUGCAACCUCAUACUCCAAAUCUGGUCCAGCUGUACCAGAAGUCUCUAGCGGUUAUUGA